GCCCGGUGCGACCAUGGAGGCCCAUUCCCCCUUUGCCCAGGUGAUUCCUCACCUGUCCGAGGACGAGGAGGAGGAGGAACCAGGUGAGGAGGAGGAGGAAGAGCAGCCAGGUGAGGAGGAAGAAGAAGAACCAGGUGAGGAGGAAGAAGAACCAGGUGAGAACGAAGAAGAACCAGGUGAGGAAGCAGAAGGAAUAGGUGAGGAGAGAACAGGUGAACAACCAGGUGAUGAUGAAGAUUCGGGUGACGACGAAGAACCAGGUGAGGAGGAACCAGGAGAUGACGGUGCAGGUGAAGAGGAUCCAGGUGACGAUGAAGAUCCAGGUGAGGAAGAACCAGGAGAUGACGAUGCAGGUGAAGAGGAUCCAGGUGACGAUGAAGAUCCAGGUGAGGAGGAACCAGGUGAGGAUGAUGAAGAGGAUCCAGGUGACGAUGAUGAUGAAGAGGAUCCAGGUGACGACGACGACGAUGACCAAGACCACCGCCGCCGCCCAGGUGCCUCCCUCCAGGCGCGCCCCUCCUCCCGCCGGCCCCGCCUUUACCUGCGGCCACGCCCACCCCCGGCCGAGCCCGGCCCCUCCCACCUGCAGCACCCCUGGCCCCACCCACCGGGAGCCCCACGCUGCUCACCUGAGCCAGGUGAGCCCACCACGCCUGGCUUCGUGCAGCUCAUCGACGAGCGCGGCGUCUACUCCACCGCCAAGCUGGUGCUGGGCGGGCGCUCAGGUGCGCCAGGUGAGAACGAGGAUGGUGAGGAGGAGGAGCAGGAAGGCGCAGGUAAGAAGGAGGAGGAGGAGGAUGAGGAGGAUCUACCCGCCCACCUGGAGAUCCGCCAGGUGAUCGUGGCCGACAAACCCUUCCAGUGCCCCGCCUGCCCCAAGAGCUUCAAGCGCACCUGGGAGCUGCUGAGCCACCGGGUGGUGCACACCGAGGCGCGCCCCUUCACCUGCCACCUGUGCCGCGCCACCUUCAAGCGCCACUCGGACUUCAAGAGCCACGCGCUGGUGCACACCGAGGAGCGGCCGCACCGCUGCGAGCUCUGCGGCAAGCGCUUCAAGCGCUCCUCCAACCUGCAGGAGCACCGCCGCACCCACAGCGGCCGCCGCCCCUUCGCCUGCGCCGCCUGCGCCAAGGCCUUCAAGACGCCCUACGAGCGCCGGCGCCACGCCCUGACGCACCUGCCCGCCUCACCGGACGGGGCGGCGCCGCUGCGGUGCGGCGAGUGCGGCAAGGCCUUCCCGGCGCCCGCCGCGCUGCUGCUGCACCGGCGCCGCGGCUGCCGCGGCGAGAAGCCGCACGCCUGCGGCGUCUGCGGCAAGCGCUUCGCCUACGGGCACUCGCUGCGCGUGCACGAGCGCGUGCACACCGGCGACCGCCCCUUCCGCUGCGCGCUCUGCGGCAAGGCCUUCAAGCAGAGCAACGCGCUGGCCUCGCACGCCCGCGUGCACACCGGCGAGCGCCCCUUCGCCUGCCGCACCUGCGGCAAGCGCUUCAAGCAGUCCUCCUACCUGGCCGUGCACCAGCGCGCCCACACGGGCGAGCGGCCGUACCGCUGCGAGGCGUGCGGCAAGGCCUUCGCGCGGCCCUCGCUGCUGCUGCAGCACCGGCGCGCCCACAGCGCCGCGCGGCCGCACCGCUGCGGGCACUGCCACAGGUUCUUCAAGGACCCGGCCUACCUGGCCGUGCACGAGAAGGUGCACACGGGCGAGACGCCCUACAAGUGCGGCGUCUGCGCCAAGGGCUUCGCGCACCCCUCCAACCUGCUGCAGCACCGCCGCGUGCACCGCGACACCUGAGCGCGGUCACACCUGGGCGGGCAGGUGAGGGCGCCCGCCCGGGGAAGGCGGCGGCGGCAGCGGCGGCGGGUGGAGCCCCGCGGGUGGAAGGGACUCGGUGGCACCUGUGAGCCCGGGACAGGUGUGAACCCCGGAAUGCUCAGAAAAACCCCAAAAAUUGUUCACCUGUAACACCUGGACAGCGACACCUGAGCCACAGGUGAAAGGGACUCGGUGGCACCUGUGAGCCUGGGACAGGUGUGAACCCCGGAAUGCUCAGAAAAAACCCAAAAAUUGUUCACCUGUAACACCUGGACGGCGACACCUGAGCCCCAGGUGAAAGGACUCGGUACCUGUGAGCCCGGGACAGGUGUGAACCCCAGAAUGCUCAGAAAAACCCCAAAAAUUGUUCACCUGCAACACCUGGACAGCGACACCUGAGCCCCGUGUUUGGGAACCACAGAUCUGCACACCUGGACAGGUGUGAACCCCAAAAUUCUCAGAAGGACCCAAAAAUUGUUCACCUGUAACACCUGGACGGCGACACGUGAGCCACAGGUGAAAGGACUCGGUACCUGUGAGCCCGGGACAGGUGUGAACCCCGGAAUGCUCAGAAAAACCCCAAAAAUUGUUCACCUGCAACACCUGGACGGCGACACCUGAGCCCCAUGUGUGGGAACCCCAGAAAUGCACACCUGGACAGGUGUGAACCCCAAAAGCUGCAGCAGCAACACCUGGACGGCGACACCUGAGCCCCAGGUGAAGAGACUCCAGAUCUGCACGCCUGGACAGGUGAGUGCCCUGGGAAGGUGUGGUGGUGUCACCUGGAGCACCUGAGCCCCGCGGGUGAAGCCCCAGGUGAAAGGGCUCGGUACCUGUGAGCCCGGACAGGUGUGAACCCCGGAAUGCUCAGAAAAACCCCAAAAAUUGUUCACCUGUAACACCUGGACAGCGACACCUGAGCCACAGGUGAAAGGGACUCGGUGGCACCUGUGAGCCCGGACAGGUGUGAACCCCGGAAUGCUCAGAAAAACCCCAAAAAUUGUUCACCUGUAACACCUGGACAGCGACACCUGAGCCCCGUGUUUAGGAACCACAGAUCUGCACACCUGGACAGGUGUGAACCCCGGAAUGCUCAGAAAAACCCCAAAAAUUGUUCACCUGUAACACCUGGACAGCGACACCUGAGCCCCGUGUUUAGGAACCACAGAUCUGCACACCUGGACAGGUGUGAACCCCAAAAUUCUCAGAAGGACCCAAAAAUUGUUCACCUGUAACACCUGGGCAGCGACACCUGAGCCCCAGGUGAAGAGACUUCAGAUCUGCACACCUGGGCAGGUGUGGACCCCAGAAAUUGAGUUUGGACCCCAGAAAGGUGUGGCGGGAACACCUGGACAGCGACACCUGAGCCCCAGGUGUGGGAAACCUGAACCUCCAUCCCAGCACAGGUGUGGAACCUGAAACCUCACACCUGAGCAGGUGUGGGAACCCAGGACCUGCACACCUGGGCAGGUGUGGACCCCAGAAAUUGUGUUUGGACCCCAAAAAGGUGUGGCAGGAACACCUGGACAGCGACACCUGAGCCCCAGGUGUGGGAACCCUGGACCUGCACACCUGGACAGGUGAGGGAACCCCGGACAGGUGUAUGGGCCCGGAACUGCACACCUGGACAGGUGUGGGCCCCAAAAACUGCAGCAGCAACACCUGGAGAGCGACACCUGAGCCACAGGAUGGGGUGAGGGCACACCUGGAUGGGGCGGAGCACACCUGGAUGGGGUAGAGCACACCUGGAUGGGGGAGGG